AUGCUUUCUUUCUUUCUUUAUCUGUUUCUUUCUUUCUUUAUCUGUUUCUUCUAUGCUUUCUUUCUUUCUUUCUUUCUUGAACUGUUUCUUCUAUGCUUUCUUUCUUUCUUUAUCUGUUUCUUUCUUUCUUUCUUUAUCUGUUUCUUCUAUGCUUUCUUUCUUUAUCUGUUUCUUCUAUGCUUUCUUUCUUUCUUUAUCUGUUUCUUUCUUUCUUUCUUUAUCUGUUUCUUCUAUGCUUUCUUUCUUUAUCUGUUUCUUCUAUGCUUUCUUUCUUUCUUUAUCUCUUUCUUCUAUGCUUUCUUUCUUUCUUUCUUUCUUUUUUCUUUCUUUCUUUCUUUCUUUCUUUCUUUAUCUGUUUUAUUCUUUCUUUCUUUCUUAAUUUGUUUCUUCUAUGCUUUCUUCUUUCUUUCGUUCUAUUUUUCUUUCUUUCUUUCUUUAUCUCUUUCUUCUAUGCUUUCUUUAUUUAUUUAUCUGUUUCUUUCUUUCUUAAUUUGUUUCUUCCAUGCUUUCUUUCUUUCUUUCUUUAUUUCUUUUUUCUUUCUUUCUUUCUUUCUUUCUUUCUUUCUUUCUUUCUUUCUUUCUUUCUUUCUUUCUUUCUUUAUCUGUUUCUUCUAUCUUUCUUUCUUUUUUCUUUAUCUGUUCCUUUCUUUCUCCCUUAAUUUGUUUCUUCUAUGCUUUCUUUCUUUCUUUCUUUCUUUCUUUCUUUCUUUCUUUCUUUCUUUCUUUCUUGAACUGCUUUCUUUCUUUCUUUCUUUCUUUCUUUCUUUCUUUCUUUCUUUCUUUCUUUCUUUCUGGAACUGUUUCUUCUAUGCUUUCUUUCUUUAUCUGUUUCUUUCUUUCUUAAUUUGUUUCUUCUAUGACUUCUUUUUUUCUUUCUCUAUUCGUUUCUUCUAUGCUUUCUUUCUUUCUUUCUUAAUCUGUUACUUCUAUGCUUUCAUUCAUUCAUUCAUUCUUUCCUUCUUUCCUUCUUUCUUUCUUUCUUUCUUUCUUUCUUUCUUAAUCUGUUUCUUCUAUUCUUUCUUUCUUUUUCUGUUGCUUUUGUUUCUUCAGUAUCAUCUAUUUUCUUUCUUUAAAAAUGUAGUAUAUUUUUUCUUUUUAUUUCUUUCUCAUUUGAUUAUUCUUUCUUUCUUUCUUUCUUUCUUUCUUUCUUUCUUUCUUUCUUUCUUUCUUUCUUUUCCUUUGUUUGUUUGUUUCUUUCUUUCGCCCUUCAUCUGCUCUUAUUCCCCAAACUUAUACACCCUCCAAACUACUUCCCUCUUCCCUUUCGGUUCAUUUUCCAGUGGGACCUUCCAUUCUAAGACAACAUGGCUUUAUUAA